AUGACCCAAAGUUCAUUGUAUGGUGAAAAAGUUGCUACAGCUGGUCUGGUAGCUGGAUUUUUUGGAGGUCUGGCACUUGGCUGGCUUUUUAGUUCAUCUGUUUUUGUUAGUAAUAGUGUUAAAGUUGUUGCGAAUAGUUUUGAUUUUGAAAAAGAUCAAUGUGAAGAUGAUAAAAGUUUCGAUCCUGGUUCUUGUGAAGCUGAAGGCGAAUAUAAACUAGUACUUGUCGUAAGAAAUGAUCUCAAAAUGGCGCAAGGAAAAGUAGCUGCACAAUGUUCUCAUGCAACACUUGCAUGUUUCCAAAAAGCAUGUGAAAAAAUACCGCGUAUUGUUGACUCAUGGUUUUCUGGUGGACAAGCAAAAGUCGUUUGUAAAUGUGAAUCUGAUGAUGACAUCGAAUACCUACGUCGUCAAGCUAAGUUUAAAGGUUUAACAACGUGUUUGAUACGUGAAGCAGGUCGAACAAAAAUUGGUUUAGGACAUAGAACAGUACUUGGAAUUGGACCAGCACCUUCAUAUUUAAUUAAUGAAAUCACUCGACAUUUGAAGUUAUAUUAA